AUGAUACGGCGGGUUCUAAAUUUGGUGGUGGAGAACAGCUCCACCGGCGUUCACUCGGUGCGCCGGAUCGAUCCUUACAAGCAUCUCUUCUACGGGUCAGCAGACGAAGCGGCGGCAGCGAACGCGAACAAGGGGAUGGUGGAUGGUGCCGCGGGAAUGCAGACCCUCGUCCUCCCCGACCCGGCCGUGAGCUUCGCUCCGUCCCCCGCUUCCCUGCCGCAUAUGGCCGGCCUGGAUCUGUUCGCGCUCCUGGGCACCCGCGGGAGCGAGGGCAGGAUCGUGAGUGCCAACGUGGCUGGUGAGAGCGUGUUGUACGACGCCCACGAGCGCCUCUUCCUCAGCCUCCCCUGGCUCAAAGAGCCCAAGGGGUUCCGCCCCGUGUGCAUCUCCGUCGCCCAGCCCGGCGCCCCCGAGGACAGCCUCUACGCCAUGGAGUCCAUGCAUCAACAUCGCUCUAGCGAGGGCCACGAUCAGGCCGGGUCCUGCUCCGAGGUUCUUGAGUACGGGCCUACGCACGGCGGUGAGGAAGUGUGGGACAUGCAUCCAGGCUGGCACUGGCGGGCUCUUCCGCAGCCUCCCUUCAUCGUCCGGCCUGGCAACAAGUCCUCCUACAUCACCUCCUACGCGACCACGGUCAACGCCAACGGCUGCUCCACCAUCUACAUGUCAUGGGAAGGCAGUGGCAUCGGCACCUACUGCUUCGACACGUCGCGGCACGUGGAAGAAUGGCGGUACGUCGGGGACUGGACGCUGCCGGUCCGCUGGGGAGCCAAGUAG